CUCACACGCACGCGCCUCUCUCUUCUCGGCCACGCGCUUUUCACCAAUUCGCGAGGACAUUAAAGUUCCCCGAACGCGCCUCUUCCCUCCGCCGUUUCCCCACUUCCUGGUUCGUUCAUCUACUUUUCCGUUCUCCCGGUGACACGUGGAACCGACGGGCUAGCUGUCUUGUUAAAAUCAAAAUGGAGAUAAAAGGGACAUGUGGAAGACCUUUCCACACACCGAGGUGUCUGGCGGCGGCGGCGCCCGCUGGGAGGUCCAAGUUAACCCACCCUGGGAAAGCGAUUCUGGCAGGCGGAAUCGCCGGCGGCAUCGAGAUUUGCAUCACCUUCCCCACCGAGUAUGUGAAGACCAAACUGCAGCUGGACGAGAAGGCCAACCCUCCCAAAUACAGAGGCAUAGGUGAUUGCGUGAGGCAGACGGUGCGGAGUCACGGUAUCCCGGGACUCUACAGAGGACUCAGCUCGCUGUUGUACGGAUCCAUCCCCAAAUCCGCAGUCAGGUUCGGAGUAUUUGAGUUCCUCAGUAACCGAGCAAAAGAUGAAUCAGGUCGACUGGAUAGCACUCGAGGGCUGCUGUGUGGACUCGGAGCUGGCGUGAUGGAGGCCGUGUUGGUGGUUUGUCCCAUGGAAACCAUCAAGGUUAAAUUCAUCCAUGACCAGACUUCAGCCAACCCCAAGUACAGGGGCUUCUAUCACGGAGUCAGAGAAAUUGUCAGAGCUCAAGGUUUAAGAGGGACCUACCAAGGUCUCACUGCGACCGUGCUUAAACAGGGCUCCAACCAGGCCAUUCGCUUCUAUGUGAUGACCUCGCUCAAGAACUGGUACAAAGGUGAUGACCCCAAUAAAUCCAUCAAUCCUGCGCUGACCGGAUCCUUCGGAGCUAUCGCUGGAGCAGCAAGCGUGUUUGGAAACACACCACUCGAUGUCAUCAAGACAAGGAUGCAGGGUCUCGAAGCACAUAAGUACAAGAGCACGCUGGACUGUGCGGUCAAGAUUCUGCGACACGAAGGCUUAAAAGCUUUCUAUAAGGGGACCGUUCCUCGUCUGGGUCGCGUAUGCCUGGAUGUGGCCAUCGUCUUCAUCAUCUACGAGGAGGUGGUCAAGGUUCUUAACAGAGUGUGGAAGACAGAGUGAGUCGCGUUUCCUGCUUCUCUUGCCGCUUCCGACGCGACGCGCACAUCCCAAUCGGGUAGAAAUGGAAUUAACUUGAAUCUUAAUGCUUUUUGAUCAUAUUUUAAUACUUGACUCUUGCAUAACUUUCUCAUCCGUAUAAACUACAGUCGCAUCCAUAAACAAAGCCUUUAAUAGAAUGAGUUUACUAUUUAAAGACACUUUUUAUUUUUGUCUUUUUUUUUAUUCCCAUCAUGAUUGUUUCAUUCUAAAAUAUAAAUAUAUUUUAUCUCUGUCAGAUGCCAAACACGAUAAUUUAUAUAGAUGCGGUUUAUUAAUAAUGAAUUCAUUAUUAAUCUAUUUAGAAGAUUAAUGUACGUAUAUUUACUGAUUUGAAUGUUUCAUAUCUGUAUGUUAAAAAAAAUGUAAUUGCUGUUGUGUUCUUGUCUUUCCCUUCAAAAAAAAAAAAAAAAAAUCCAGCCUAGAUGUAAAUGUGUUUGAAGAAGUUUUAAAAAAAUAUAUAUAUAUUCUCUCCAUAUCCAAUUGCUGUAUUUGAAGCUUGAGAGGCAACUUGAAGUGCUUUUCACCUGAGCAGGCUGCUGCAGGGUGAUUAUGUGUCCUCGGUUUACGUUUUAUUGUUUUUUAAAAUCAUGUUCAUCUAGUGUUGUGGUUCUUGUGAAAAUGUAGUCGGACAUUGCACCAAAAAAAAAAAAAAGAACAAAGUUACAUCUUGACUUAAAUAUUAUAUUCGGAUCAAAUAGGGCAAAUUCGUCAUAUAAAUUUCCGACUCAAUUUGUCAUGAGAACAUGACGCUGCCUGGUUGGCAGGUUGCUUUCAAAUAGUUCACUCAUGUGCCUUUUGAUUAAAUAUCACUAUAAAUUGUAUUUAGUGUCUUCUCUCACAGUCUGACUGAUGUUUUCAAUGACAUAACAACCCACUUUUUUUUUUUUAAUCAUUUUCUUGCUUCACUCAGGCUAAAAUGUGAAUCAUGGCGAAAUAGAUUUUUAAUCUUAUAAACUGUCAUUUUCAUCCUGUGUGUGUUGUCAAUCUUAACAUGUCCACCCUGUUAUAGUAAAAUAUAAAUUGGUGUAAAAACCUCGAAGAAAUUCCAAACAUGUUUGUUAAACAUUCAUCUUGCUUACUGAAUUGCGUUGCCAUGAUAAAGUCCACCAUGAUUGAAUCGAAUUUUAACAUUAACCAAAAAUGUUCACCCAUUACUGUAUUUACUUUGACUGAUUUGAAAAGUAUUACUCGUGUAACAUUUCUGACAAAUAAUUAUAUAUAUUUUUAAAAUUCUCUAUGCUUAAAUGUACUUUUUGUUUUGUUUUAUCAUUGGGUGUACAGUUAAAUAGCGCCACAGGUUCAUGUCUUCAUGAAGCCUUUCAAUGAAGAUGUGUUGUCGGUUAAAAGUAAAAGUUCAUCCAUUUUUUCAAAAUUUACUUUUUAAAAACAACUUGUUCUGAUUAAUUGCUGUAUGUUAGGGGCGAUGCUGGAAUAAUUCAUGACUUGAUCAAACUCGCUUGGCUGAUGUUCAUGUCAUUUGUCAGCUUUUUUUUUGGUCAUGUCUUGUGAAGAAAAGAGGAGAAUUGUGUUCAAUAAAAACAGUCUUGUAAUAGAACCAA